AUUCUCUUCAACUUAACAAGAUAUUUCAACAAGAGACUUUGUUAAUUCAACUUCUCUAUCAUCUCUCUCAAGACAACCUCAAUCAAUUCUACCAACAAAUCUAAACCUCACACUCUCCAAUCAUAAUGGAUUCUUUCGGAGCUCAACAAGGCGGUGCCCCAAACCGUGGAUGCUUUACCUGCGGAACUGAAGGUCACCAAGCCCGUGAAUGCCCAAGCCGUGGACCACCAAAGUGCUACAACUGCGACAACCCAGGUCAUUUGAGCCGUGAUUGCCCAGAGGGACCAAAGGAGAAGGUCUGCUACAGAUGCGGUACUUCCGGACACAUCUCCAAGGACUGCUCCAACCCACCAACUGAGGGUGCUGGACGUGGUGGUGGAUACGGCGGCGGAUAUGGAGGUGGUGGUGGUCAACAGUGCUACAAAUGCUCCAAGAUCGGCCACAUCGCCCGUAACUGCCCAGAGGCUGGUGGCUAUGGUGGAAACCAAGGUUACGGAGGUAACCAAGGUGGAUACGGUGGUGGAUUCGGUGGUGGUGCCCGUCAAGGAAGCCAAACCUGCUUCUCAUGUGGCGGUUACGGACAUCUUUCCCGUGACUGCACCCAAGGUCAAAAGUGCUACAACUGUGGUGAAGUUGGUCACUUGUCCCGUGACUGCAGCCAAGAGACUUCUGAGGCUCGUCGAUGCUACGAGUGCAAGCAAGAGGGUCACGAGAAGCUUGACUGCCCUUUGAGAAAGAAGGCUUUCGGCCAAGAAUAAAUUUAAGUGCUUGAUGCACGGCACAUGAUUACCUCGAGGUCGACUAUUCUACACAUUCACGGUUAGGAAUUAUGACGAAACGACAAAACCUUAAGGAUUUUUUCGAAGACUAGUAAUUUCGUUCAAGGAUUACGGGAACAGAUAACCUCUUUGUAUAAUUGUACCGACUUUUUGCGACUUCGGAAAAAAUUGUCGCCUUUCAUUUUCUAUUUCCUUUUGAAAAGUAAAAUACCUAUUCCUCUUUUGGAGUCUUAUGCUGCGUUGCUUCCAUAUCUGAGUUUAGAGUUUGGCCCUUGCUUUUCCAACUUUCUAUCGGCACGGAUGGAUUCACAAAAGUCAUAUCACUCAAGAUUUUGCGUUUUUCCUUAUUUAAUUUAUUUUGCGAAGGAUGAAGUUUCGAGGAUAAUCGAUGCUAGAUUCCCCAUGAAAUUUCCAUGAUGUAAAGGAAAGAAAGGAGAUUUAUGGAUUGCUGGAGCAUAUGAUUCAUGAGGCUACGACUUGAGUUAUGGAGAUUGGUAUCGAUGGAUAAAGAUAUCUGGUGGGCACUGUCAAGGGACACUGGAGAAGAAUGCAUGCGAGCGGUCGGAUAAAGUAAAGUGAAGUGCUUGAGAUCAAGAUCAAGAACAAGAAUAAGAUUAAGAAAUGAAGUCAAGAUAUUUGAAGAGCGUA